GAGAGAGAGAGCGAAUCGUUUGGGAGGCAUUUGCAUGUUAAAACCGCGUGGCGAAACCAAUCAAUUGAAGUUUCAAUUCUUAGUCAGUCAGUCGGAAGGUACCAUGUAGUGGUUGAACGAAGAAUUUCACGGAGUUUAAUUAUGUACAUUGAGGAUUGCAGUGGAAAGUAAAAACGACAGAUGAGUUGGAAAGCAACAUAUUUGUUGUCUUAGUUCCAAGAACCCGCCGGAUACACCUACUAAAACGCAGGAAGUUUGCGCCUUGUUGAAAACCUUUGGAAGGAACCUUUUUCUGAAGACGCUUCGUUCCCAGACGGAGAUAGCUUGGCCUCGAGUAGUCUGUCAUAUCGCCUUGUCAAAAACGCAUGCGUUGCGGUAAUUUUCAGCUAUAUAAUUCUGAGUGAAGUUUAUUGCCAAAUAUUGGAGAUAAGAUUUUCGAGAGUUGCCUGGCAAGGGUCUACGUCAGCGGUCAAAGGGCAGGCCGAGCUACGUCACCACGUAUUGUCGUUUAAGAAGUGCGACGUUUUUCAAGUUUUGAUUGGCAAAGGGCAAAAAGUCCCAGAAGAGAGCACUGUCUAGUUAACGUGCUGAAAACAGGCAGGGUAAACAUCCAUCUUCCGAAACGCCAAAGAAUGCAGCGUGUGAAUGAACCCGAGUAGGGGAUCAAAAACCCGGCAUUCUUGGAGAAUUAACACGCGGAAACGUUCUGGAUUUUUAAUUAGUCAGCGGAGCUAAAAACGAAGCCCAUUAAGUGUUUGAUAAUAUACACCAGCCUCGGUAGAACAUGACAUUUUCCCGUUAGUAUGCCAGGACAGGGACUUCUUCCACCAGGAUGAGGCUGAGCACAUGGCUGGCUAAAGGCCUGAGCGGGUUCUGGCUGGCACUCUGCUUCUUUCCACAGACAAUUGCCUACUUUGGAUUGGCCGCGUCGGAGCCGCUCUUCACGUUCAAGCUGGACUUAGGGGUCUCUAACCGGGUGUCCGGGAGUGGUCAACCCCGCCACAAAAAUUCCGCCGGCCCGCAGACAGACCCGGAGAUUUGCGAAAUGUUAAAACUGAACACGAAACAAAAAAGGAUGUGUAAAAGGGACAAAAACGGAGGAGUCGCCGAUACGCUUGUGGAAGCCACGAGGCUGUCGGCGCUGGAGUGCCAAUUUCAGUUCCGAUAUGAGCGAUGGAACUGUUCCUCUGGCCAGUAUCGAUUGAAUAUUCUAAAAAAAGGUUUCAAGGAAACAUCGUUUCUUUACGCAAUAUCGUCUGCGGGCCUCGUCCACGCUUUUUCCCGCGCCUGCAGCCGAGGUCAGCUGGACCGAUGUACCUGUGAUGAAUCUUUCAACAACCAGAAGACCAGGCAGGCGUGGCUCUGGGGUGGCUGUGGAGACAAUAUUAAAUUUGGCUCCAAAUUUGCAAGGAAAUUUCUCAAAGCGGCCAAAAAAUCUGGUCAGGAUUUACGUGCCAAAAUGGACCAACAUAAUAGCAAUGUUGGGAUUAAGGCCGUCAAAGAUGGGGUUGACACCACUUGCAAGUGCCACGGUGUGUCAGGGUCUUGUACGGUGCGGACUUGCUGGCGACAAUUGGCCCCUUUUCACGAAAUGGGCAAUAAACUCAAGGACCGCUAUGACAAAUCCGUCAAAGUUGAACUAAGUAACAAUAAGGCCAAAGGAAAAACUCAGCUAGUUCGGAAGAAAAGAAACCCGAAUGACGCCGAUGUGCGCGUCAAAAGUAAAGAACUGGUCCACAUCGAGGAGUCGCCGUCCUUUUGCCGGAAGUCUAAGUACUCAAAGGGGACCCAGGGCCGCGAAUGCCAGAAGGAGACACGGAACUGUGACGCUAUGUGCUGUGGGCGAGGAUACAACGUCCUCAGCAAUGUGGUGAAGAAGGCCUGUCGCUGCCAAGUCCAGUGGUGCUGUUACGUAGAGUGCGAACAGUGCGAGACGCAAAUGGACGUUCAUAUGUGCAAAUAAAGAGGAGGUGAACCCCAAAAAUCUGAAACCUAUCUGUCGGAUAUUUUAUUCAAUAGACCCGAUAACAUUAAAAGCUGUCAGUUUAUUGAUACCGGACACAAUAGUCCGAUGUGUUCAGUGUUUAAAUGAAGUGGGAUUCGGAAGAAAUGCUCUUUGUGGGGAUAUUUAACAAAGAAUGCCAUGGGCACCGCUCCAAAAAUAGAUCCCCUUACAGAAAGUUGCUGAGAGAGACGCUUUACACUUUGGUCUCCCUUGUCAAGUGACUCGGCCCGACGUUCCUAGGCCACGUCGCAGCUUUAAAUCUCACUGAAAAAAAGAAAAGAAAAGAAUAGCAAAAAAA